UAAUGUAAUGUCAAAAUAUAUUUUUACCCUUUAUAAAGAUUCACAUUUUUUUUCUUCUAUUAAAGGCAUGUGUGAAAACCUUAAGAAAACUUUUUAACAAAAAACAAAGCAGGUGUGAAAACCUUAAUAUAUAAAUAGCUUCAAGAACCUCAUUAGUUCCAUACCCACGAAUACCCAAUACCCAUCAUAAAAAAACUCGGUGGAAUCUUCUUUACCAGUUUCUCACAACAAAAACAUCCAAAGGUUUGAUCUGGCAAAUCAGUGGAGAUGGGGUUGAGUUUUAGCGAUAAAGUAUGGAUAUUUCUGGGGGUUCUCUGUUGUUCAUCGUUGAUUUGUUCAGUUAAAGCAGUGGUCACAUACGAUCAUAAAGCUGUGAUCAUCAAUGGUCAGAGAAGGAUCCUUCUAUCUGGCUCCAUUCACUACCCAAGAAGCACACCUGAGAUGUGGCCUGAUCUUAUACAGAAGGCCAAAGAAGGUGGCUUGGAUGUAAUACAGACUUAUGUUUUCUGGAAUGGGCAUGAACCUUCUCCUGGACAAUAUUAUUUUGAGGACAGAUAUGAUCUGGUUAAGUUCAUCAAGCUGGUACAACAAGCCGGUCUCUACGUUCAUCUCAGAAUCGGUCCUUACGUUUGCGCUGAAUGGAACUUUGGAGGGUUUCCUGUUUGGCUCAAAUAUGUUCCCGGUAUGGCAUUUAGGACCGAUAAUGAACCUUUCAAGGCUGCAAUGCAAAAAUUCACUGAGAAGAUUGUGGGGAUGAUGAAAGAAGAAAAAUUGUUUGAGACUCAAGGAGGACCCAUCAUUCUGUCACAGAUAGAGAAUGAGUAUGGACCAAUAGAGUGGGAGAUAGGAGCACCAGGGAAGGCAUACACAAAAUGGACAGCUCAAAUGGCAGAAGGACUCUCCACAGGUGUCCCAUGGAUUAUGUGCAAGCAAGAUGAUGCUCCUGACUCCAUUAUAAACACAUGCAAUGGGUUUUACUGUGAGAAUUUCAAACCGAACUCGGACAAUAAGCCGAAGAUGUGGACAGAGAACUGGACUGGUUGGUUCACAGAGUUUGGAGGUGCAGUACCAUAUAGACCAGCCGAAGACAUUGCCUUCUCCGUGGCUCGCUUCAUACAGAACGGUGGCUCCUUCAUCAAUUACUAUAUGUACCAUGGAGGAACAAACUUCGACAGAACAGCCGGUAAAUUCAUCGCCACCAGCUAUGACUACGACGCUCCUCUUGAUGAAUACGGUAAUUUCACCCUCAUCACCUGGAAAAACAUAACGGCUCAUGUGUUCAAGUCCAAGUCAUCUUGCGCUGCUUUUCUCUCAAACUACAACGCUAGUUCAGCUGCAAGAGUCUUGUUUGGCGGAUCAACAUAUGAUCUGCCUCCUUGGUCUGUCAGUAUUCUACCCAACUGCAAAACAGAGUAUUACAACACUGCAAAGGUCCUUUCACCAAGCAUACACAUGAAGAUGGUUCCCACAAACACACAAUUCUCUUGGGGAUCAUACAACGAAGAGAUUCCUUCUCCAAGUGACAAUAGUACGUUUGCACAAGAUGGGCUUGUGGAACAGAUCAGCAUCACCAGAGACAAGACGGACUAUUUCUGGUAUCUGACAGACAUUACGAUCGGUGCUGAUGAGAAGUUCUUGACGACUGGUGAAGACCCUCUUCUUACUGUUGCGUCAGCUGGGCAUGCUCUUCAUGUAUUCGUUAAUGGUCAGCUUGCAGGAGCUACUUACGGAUCAUUGGAGAACCCAAAGCUAACAUUUAGUCAGAAGAUCAAAUUACAUGUAGGAGUAAACAAACUUGCUCUGUUUAGUAUUGCAGCAGGUCUCCCGAACGUUGGUGUGCAUUACGAGACAUGGAAUACUGGGGUUCUUGGCCCAAUCACACUGAAGGGAGUCAACUCCGGAACAUGGGACAUGUCUAAAUGGAAAUGGUCCUACAAGAUUGGUACUAAAGGUGAGGAUCUGAGCCUUCAUACCUUAACGGGGAGUUCCUCCGUGGAAUGGAAAGAAGGAGCAUCCGUGGCCAAGAAGCAACCUUUGACCUGGUACAAGUCUACUUUUGACACACCAGCAGGCAAUGAACCAUUGGCUUUGGACAUGAACACAAUGGGGAAAGGCCAAGUUUGGAUAAAUGGCAAGAACAUCGGACGACACUGGCCAGCAUAUAAAGCUCGUGGGAGCUGUGAACGCUGCAGCUACGCUGGAACUUACACGGAGAAGAAAUGUUUGAGUAACUGUGGAGAAGCUUCUCAAAGAUGGUACCAUGUGCCUCGUUCGUGGGUGAAGCCGUCUGGGAACCUAAUAAUUGUGCUUGAGGAGUUGGGUGGUGACCCCAAUGGGAUCUCUCUUGUAAAAAGAACAACAAAGAAAACAGCUUCUGACUCCAUAUUUUCAGGAUGAAAGCUGUUUUGUAUUGUGUCUCUGCUUUGGAAAAACAAAGACAGAGUUUUGUUCAAGUAAAUUGCAGGAGUACAGAUUGUAUGUACAUAUAUAUACUGGAAAUUAUAUUGGCUCAUUUAUCAUAUAUAUACUGAAAAUCCAUCCCUAUCCUAUGAUAGCAAGUGUAUAAAGAACUUAUGAACUCCAAUUUUCAUCUUCUUUUAUAUCUUCAUCUAACUCUUGCAAAUGCUUAAAACAGAUAAGAUCAAUUUUCAUUUUCCCUCUAAUUUAAUCAAUCC